CUCAGCCUCAUAGCAGCCGCUACCCAUUUUUCCUCUCCUAACUGAGCACGAUAGUAUAAGUUGCUGACAUCUACGUAUAUACAGCUCUAUCAGGUCCUGUCGUGUUAGCGUUUCAGCUUGCACAUCCCGGGGCUUGGCUGAAGACCGCCAAGAACAGUGCGUUUCAUACAAAUUCUUGUUUUACUCUCAAAUUGCGCUAGACAAUGAGCUUAAUUCUCCAGAAAGCCUCUUUCCGGCCCAGAGGGGUGUGGCAAAGCCGGGAUUCGGGCCACAGACCUAUUGCUCGCCUACCGCCUGCACGAGGUACUGAUGGCUAUAACUUCAACAACGUCAGCGGAAUCGGCAAAUCGCCUCAACUCCACAUGACCGUGCCGGAGACCGGCCGCACGAAGGUCCUCCGCUUGUUAGGAGAGGGGCUGAACACCUACAACGGUGACCAAGUCGGGGCCGCAGUGAAACAGCUGAUCGCAGAGAACCCGACGCCCCAACCGGGAAAUGAAUCCUUGAUGCUUGGACAGGGAACAUGGCAGGUGUUUUACGCACCCCACAUCUCUCAGCUCUCCUCCUUUGCUGGCACCACCUUCCAGCCCAUCCAAUAUCGCCUAGCGGGCGACAUGCUAGUGUCUAACGUCAAGUACAGCAACCCACUGCUUGGAGAGGGGUGGCUCAGCGCAGGAGGCACGAUGGCUCGGAAGUACGACGACGCCGUGGAGAUCACAUUCGACCGCUUUUGGGUGGACGUGGGGGCUGACAGCCUGCGAGCAGAUCUGCCAAGAGAUGCCUCCUCCUCGUUGCUGACGGCAGACGGCAUCAUCGGGGCGCUGGGUCGCGCCGCCUUCUUCCCGCAGCUCGCUGUGUUCCCGGUGCUGUACCUGGACAGCGAUAUCUCGGUGUUCAGGUUCACGCCGUUGGAUACCCUCAUCGCGGUGUACAAGGUGGCGUAGGGCAUACGCGCAUACCCACCGGUGAGGUAGGUAGGGAUGGCCUGUGUGCUCCCAUGCCAGCCCGUCAUAGAGUCAGCCCGGAGCGACAUCAAUAUGGGGGUGGAGGAGUGUGAGACUGUGGAUGUUUGGUUGGUGAGGAGUAAGGUGCGAGGCGUGUGUUCGCGCUGUAACGGUUAACUGUGGUUUUUCUGUAACUGGUUGCUUGGAUGUGCCGUUGACUGAAACGGUGAUUUGCUUUGCAGCGAUACAAACGGUGGUUUUGGUUUUGUGUUACGGUUUUUUCUUUGUUACAGGCGUGGACCCAUGGGUCAUUUUGGACUGUCUUUGCGAGGCAGGAGACAGCGCAACAACGAGCGUUAGGUAGGAUGCGCCGGGAUGGCGUGUCAGGUGCCGGCACUGCUGCGGUGCAUGCAUGCAUGACACACCGGCGGGGCGUUGGCCGGGGGUUGCUGACCAGGCUACCAUCCUAUCAAACAUGGUGUGCAUGUAUAGGGUAUGUGCACAGGAGUGGGUGUGACACCGCCCAGGCAUCAUUUGUGGCUACCGGUCAUGUUCCGGCACUGUGAGCUGCAUGUUGCAUGGCUGUACGGGAAGCCGUAAAGCGACGGUAGCAUGGAUGCAUGGUACGUUCAGCCUGCGACAAGGUGAACAUACCGUAUUUGGGAGACUGCUUUCAGCGGCUAUAUGUGUACCACGGGCCGUAUGGCUCGGGGCCAUCUCUGGAUAGGGGUUCCUUCGCAGGAGGAGUUCUUUUGUACUAGGGAUUUCAAUGUCUA